UUCCAACCCUGUUCCUGGAGAGCGACCAUCCUGAUAUAGUAAGACACAAGGGCGCUGUUUUGCUUGCUCGGAUGCUUUCUCCCACUUGCAAAUUGAAGGAAGUUGGCGGCGCAAUGCACUGUUCAGAUGCUGGAAUUAUUUUUUCACGAACGUGUGAAGGUAACCUGCUUUUUGACGUGAUUUGACAAUUGGAAGAAAACACGACUGGUUUUGUCAUGAAUGGUCACAUUAAAAGUUACUGUGUGUGAGCCUACUGCCAUGUCCACAGCUGUGGUGAUGGACCCCCCCAGGGACGUCAGCUACCUGCGGUCACCCUGUGGCAUCGGGGACAGCGUCGCCUCACUGGAUGACGUCACUGUGGAUUUCAUAGCCAAUGAGUCAUCAGAGGAGGAGUCAGCCGGUGAGAGGGAAGAGGAGAUUGGGGCCAACACUGAGCUCACCAACCACCCCACAGACAUCCCUACUGAACAGCCCACACACACAGAGACUGUGAGUGCCCAGCGACCAGACUCCCUGUCCCUGGCGGUGGCUGAGCCAGAGCGGUGGACGUCCAGGGGUGACGGGGAGGUGAAGCUGAGGAUGGGAGAGUCGGGCUUUGCCGCUGAGCCCUCACUUACUGUAGACCAGAUGUUUAAAACUGCAGUGGAGAGGUUUGGCAGCUACACCGCCCUGGGCUGGAAGGAGGGAGAACAGACUAAGACCAUCAACUACCAGGAGUACUACCAGGCCUGCCGCACCGCUGCCAAGAGCUUCCUCAAGCUUGGCUUGGAGCGCUACCAUGGGGUUGGCAUUCUGGGCUUCAACUCUGCUGAGUGGUUCAUAUCUGACAUUGCUGCCAUUCUGGCUGGUGGGUUUGCAGUGGGUAUCUACACCACCAACUCCCCAGAGGCGUGCCAGUACUUAGCAGAGAACUGCAAGGCCAACAUUGUCGUGGUGGAGAACCACAAACAGCUGCAGAAGAUCCUACAGGUUCAAGACAAGCUGCCACACCUGAAAGCCAUUAUCCAGUACAAAGAUGCACUUAAAGAGAAGAGACCAAACCUCUACACGUGGCCGGAGUUUAUGGAGCUGGGCCGUGAUGAGUCCAACAUUCAGCUGGAUAACAUCAUCGCUACCCAGAAACCCAACCAGUGCUGCACACUGAUCUACACAUCAGGGACCACGGGCCAGCCCAAAGGAGUGAUGCUCAGCCAUGACAAUCUGACAUGGACAGCGUUCGCCGUAGGCCGCCAUGUCCGGCUGACAGAAGCCACCAAGUCUCAGGAGAUAGUUGUCAGCUACCUGCCCCUCAGCCACAUCGCUGCUCAGAUGGUGGACAUCUGGGUCACCAUGAAGGUCGGAGGGGCAACCUAUUUUGCCCAGCCAGACGCACUGAAGGGCUCCCUGGUUAACACGAUGAGAGAGGUGCGUCCCACAGCCUUUAUGGGCGUACCACGCGUCUGGGAGAAGAUGCAGGAGAAGAUGAAGUCCAUCGGGGCCAAGUCGUCCACCGUGCGCAGGAAGGUGGCAGUCUGGGCCAAAGGAGUGGGGCUGCAGACUAACCUCAGGAAGAUGAACCAGAAUGGCGCAAUGACAAGGACGCCCAUGAACUACCGCCUAGCCAAGAAGCUGGUGUUCAGAAAGGUCCGUAAGGCCCUGGGCCUGGACCGCUGCACCAAGUGUUACACGGGCGCCGCCCCCAUCACCAAGGAUACCCUGGAGUUCUUCCUCAGCCUGGACAUUCCAGUGUUAGAGCUGUAUGGAAUGAGUGAGAGCACUGGGCCUCACACCAUCUCUCUGCCUGACCAAUUCCGCCUCACCAGCGUUGGGAAGUUGAUCCCUGGCUGUGAGACUAAGAUCCACAGUCCUGACCAGGAGGGCAAUGGGGAGAUCUGCUUCUGGGGGCGCCACGUCUUCAUGGGCUACCUAAACCAGGCUGACAAGACAGAGGACGCCCUGGACGCUGAGGGCUGGCUGCACUCUGGAGACCUGGGCAAACACGACGACAACGGCUUCCUGUUCAUCACCGGACGCAUCAAAGAGCUGAUCAUCACAGCGGGUGGAGAGAACAUCCCUCCAGUGCCAAUCGAAGAUGCUGUGAAGGAGGCUGUGUCGCUGGUUAGCAACGCCAUGCUCAUUGGAGACAAGAGGAAGUUCCUUGCCAUGCUGCUCACCAUUAAGUGCCAGGUGAACGGCGACACUGGUGCUCCUGAGGAUGAGUUGACGCCAGAGGCUGUAGAGCUGUGCCAGAAGCUGGGCAGCAACGCCACGCGAGUCUCCGAGAUUGCCGGCGGACGUGACCGGGUCAUCCAUGCCACUAUCCAGGAGGGCAUCAACCGCGUGAACGAGAACGCCACCUCCAAUGCCCAGCGCAUCCAGAAGUGGACCAUCCUAGACCAGGACUUCUCCAUCACCGGGGGAGAGCUGGGCCCCACUAUGAAGCUGAAGAGGCCAGUGGUCAUGAAGAUGUACAAAGAACAAGUAGAUAAUUUCUACAAAGAGGUGGUGACCCCAAGCACUCCUGACAACCCCCUUCCCCCCAAAUAGGCCUGGGACAAAGCAGAGCAAUUCAUAGAACCGCGACAAAAGACCUGCAAGUCUCUCACACAUACGACACACAUACCCCACCUCAUACAGACUACCACUCCCUGUGCAAUUCCCGUUUACUCCUGUGAAAAUGUUUUGUUAGCUUCCUGCUUUGGUUAUUGGGUUUUUGUUUACAUUUGUGGGUGUUCUAAAGAAAAAUAUAAGGAACAUCCAUGAGAAGCCAUUGUAAAUCUUUAUGAUUUUUGAAGAUUAGUUAUUGAUCUGAUUUCAACUAUUUAUUUGUAUUAUUGUGAUGAACAAUAAUAUACGAUAGAUGAAGUACGUGAUGAGGCAUGGCAUAGGAUCCAACAUUUCCAUAGGAAAUGGUAGUAGAAUUUUGGGCUACGUUUUGAAAAAGCGUUACUCAAAAUUAUUUAUUUUUCUUUAGUCAAAGUCAAUACUUACUUGGACCAAAUACACAUUGGAUGUGAAAGAAUUAUCCAGCUGAAAACUACAGAUGCAAGUUUUUCCUUCACAUCCAGGUGUUUGCUUCGUCUGGAUAGAAAAAAAAGACAUUAAGUGAAUUGACAGGGAAAGAAAACACAGAGAACCUAUAAUUUUCCUAUUAUUAUUGUAUUGUUUUGCGCUGUCUGCAUUGGUCUGGUUUCAGAGUUUUGAUGAAAGUGUAUCAUUGUGUUAUAGCUCUGUCCUAAAUCAUAUAUGCAGUUCUGCAAUAAAAACACAAGACAAGUCCUGGGAUGGCCAAUGACAAAUUAAGUUGUAGAUUUAGUUAAAACCUUGGCGCCAUAAGCACAUGGCUCAAUGUUGAACUUCUGCACCUACCUUGUCCUACAGAGAGCAUCCAAAUCACUUUUUUUAAUGCGAUGGAACCAUAUCAUUCAAGCCAUAAUAUUAUUUUUUGUAUCUGUGUUAUGUAUUUUGACAUUGUCAUACUACCUGCACAAUUGCCUGGUCUUGUUGGAAUGUUUUAUAAAGAUUGUGUGUAAAAUUGCUGUGACCACUUAACUGUAAGUAGAUUUAGACAUUGCCUCUUUCCUCUGGUCUUUAUUUAAACUGUUAUAUUACGUUCAAUGUUUUUCAAAGAACUCGUUAGUCUUCAGAUCAUCAGUCUUGUCAAGCAGCGUGACGUCCUUUACACUUGCGCCACUGAACUGAGUUUGUCUUUCAUUACAUGUUCUCUCCCGAGUUACCUUAAGCUAAAACAGAAGAGAAUAAAAGUGUACAUAGAGGACAUUUGAUAGCAUAUCAAAAUGAAGUAACCAUUCAUUCUGAAACCAAUAAUACCCAAGAUUGGUGUGGACUUGGGUUUUCUCAUAUUACACUGCAAAUACUCUCCCUAAGGUUCAUGUAUAUGAAUAUGCCGUGUGGAAUGUUGAAAACCCUGUAUAUCUGUCUCACUCAGUAACCUACUGUACAUGUUCGGAUCCUUGUGUAAUUCUGAGUGUCUUACUUAUUGUGGGUUUAUUUGUAUUUGGGCCACUUUUGUCAACUUUGUCAGUACUUGCAAAUUAUACUCCUUGUACAUUGGAAUAGGAAGAAAUCGGGUUGAUUCUGGCUUUCAGCACCUUUGACCAUUGUCUUUGAAAUACUUGAAUUUAAAGAAUAAAAUAUAUAUAUAUUGAGGUAAUCUAAUGCAAUCCACAGAUCCCAUUUGUAAGCAGUUGUCACUACCAUUCCAUUGUCUCUGGAAAGUGAAUAGGCCAAGACCCUUGCCGUUUGUAGAGAUGUUAGAGGGCUUCCACAUUCAGCAGCGAGAAGCUCAACAGCUGGAGACCAAUAUUGAUGUUUCAGGAAGACUAGGAAAUAAACUAUUAGCUUACCAAGAAGACCGGCUUGUUUAUCGAAUGAAGUUGCAUAUGGACGGAAAAAUAUUGUCGAAAGUGGAGGUGACGUAUCAGUUUUGUUCUUUUCCCAACUGAUUUCUGCCUUCCUGCAGAAUUCACUGGUGUCAUAGCUUUGUUGAUUCUUGUACUGACAUGAAGACUUACUGAAGGUCUGUAGCUACUGCAGUUAGUCGGUCACAGCUCCAUACCACCAACAAAGCCAAAUGCAACUGCAGUCAACUUCCUUACACCACAAGGACUUUUAGCUGUUGACAGACCUGUCACUUUUUUUUUUACAAGCAGAGCAAUCAAUCUCUUAAAAUGCAUAUAAGACAGUGAGAGGUCAUGACUGCCAUCUAAAGACAGAAUACCGGUUUUACCUGACCCUCAACACUUGAGUUUUGAAAGCGUUUCUUUCUAGUAUCGGGUGGAGAAGAAAGUGUGUGUGUCACUGGGUGUCUAGAGUUGAUGAGCAGCGCCAUCUUUAAACUAGCAGCUGCUGAGAGGAAAGAGAAACCUGAAUGUUCCUUAUGUAUGUGAUCUAGCUGGAAAAUAAAGGUUAUUUAUUCUGAAA